ACACGUUUCAAACCCUUGGAACCACCAUCUUGUUCAAUGUUGUCGACGGCAAUUGAUCAUCACCGCAUCAGGGGUUCAGUGUUCGAUAAUCAGGACGACUGAGCACGACAUCUCGCGAUGGCUUCAUAUAUAAGAACCUCGUUGUGACCACCAACUCACCUCUUUUGUCCUUCAUCCUUCACUCCUCUUUUCCAACUCUUUUUCAAUCGUUACUGUCUGGACUGGUUCCGACUUCCACUCUUUCUUUUACACAAUUUCUUGAUAUAUACACUUAAAUCGUCAACAUGAAGUUCCUCGGUCUUCUCAACCUCGCUGCUCUGGUCAGCGCCGUCCCUACUCCUACCUUCCAGGAGGCCGGAAAGACUCUUGGCAAGCGAGCUGCCAUCACUGAUGCUGCCAACAUUGGUUACGCUACGCAGAACGGCGGUACUACCGGUGGUGCCGGUGGUGCUACCGUGACUGUCUCUUCUCUCGCCGAGUUCAGCAAGGCUGCUGAGUCGGAGGGCAAGCAGGUCAUCUACGUCAAGGGCCAGAUCUCUGGAAACAACAAGAUCCGCGUCAAGUCUGACAAGACCAUCGUCGGUGCCGCUGGUGCUUCUCUUGACAACAUUGGUCUUUACAUCAACAAGCAGAAGAACGUCAUCGUUCGCAACCUGAAGAUCAAGAACGUUGUUGCUGCCAACGGUGAUGCCAUCGGUAUCCAGAAGUCCACCAACGUCUGGGUCGACCACUGUGAGCUGUCCUCCGACUUGUCCAAGGACAAGGACUUCUUCGACGGUCUCCUCGAUGUCACCCACGCCUCUGACUUCGUCACCGUGUCCAACACCCACCUCCACGACCACCACAAGGCCUCUCUCGUCGGCCACUCCGACAACAACGGUUCCGAGGACAAGGGUACUCUCCACGUUACCUACGCCAACAACCACUGGUCCAGCAUUGGAUCUCGCGCUCCCUCUGUCCGUUUCGGUUUCGUCCACGUCUUCAACAACUACUACGAGGAUAUCAGCGUGACCGGUGUCAACUCCCGCAUGGGUGCCCAGGUUCUUGUUGAGUCUACUACCUUCACCAGCGCUAAGAAGGCCCUCACCUCCAAGGACUCCAAGGAGACUGGUUCCAUCUCUGUCAACGAUGUCAACCUGGGCGGUUCCACCAACGAUGCUCCCAAGGGCUCCAUCUCCAAGUCCAACAUCCCCUACCAGUACUCUCUUGUCGGCUCCUCCAAGGUCAAGUCAGCUGUUGUUGGUGUUGCUGGUGCCACUCUUAAGCUGUAAGCGGUGAUGCCCCUUGUCUGGGCUUCUUCGCCAGCGGCAUCGUUGGUGAAAUGAAGAGCUUCGUUUACGAUGUAUAUAAUUUUUUUGAAGGAACAUAAAUAAUCAAUAGAUUACUUAUCACAUCUUCCCGUCUAAAUUCA